UUUGGCUCCGAAUCAGCGGUGCUUCAGGGCUCUUGUUGUAGAUAGCUCCAGUGUUAUGAUAAGCUGUGGCGUCCUGCUCUUCUUCGAUGUCGUCCGGACAAAAGAGAGAUGUUUGGCCACAUGUGGCUUCCAGAUGUACAGGUAGUUAUUGCAGUCUGUCCCCCGUGGGACUCCAUUUCCUACCCAUCACCUGACUUUAAAGAGUUCUAUGUGCGUCAAGAGCGUGAGAUAAAAGAGCCGUGUAUCGUCUACGGUUUAACAAAAGCUCCGUGAUUAAGUUGACUGUGAUAUCUGACGGUGAUAAUUGUUUUUUCAAGCUUGUUGGAAAAACAUGUUCCACAUUCUUCCAGGUUGAAAUUUGGAAUAUUGAAAGAUGCUGGAGUGGGAUUGUUGUAAAGGGAUAAUUCACCCAAAAAUGAAUCAUUUGGAGUUUGACCUCUCAUUUUGAACAUGAGGGGCAUUGAGUUUGUGAAGCGUUAAACAGCAGCGCAGUGGCUCCACCCUUAGGUCGAUCGCAGUAGUGCUGCCAAUCUGCUUCAUGGCCACGGCCUAAACAUCUGCAAUACGUAUGACUGUUACAAAAGGGUGAGAAGAUAAACGUACAAUCAGGAGGCUGCGAGGUGACGCUCAAGACGCACAACAUGGAGGUCAAAAGUCACCUGAUAAGUCAAGGAGGGCCUGAGCUCCAGGUCAGUAUGGACAGUAAGCAGCGUGCCGAGCGGAUGGUGGAGCUGCAGGAGAGGCGCAGGAGCCUGCAGUCGUUGCUCAGCACUCGAUUGGCAGAACUGAAGCGUGUGUGUCUGCAGGAGGCGGAACUGACAGGUGAAGUUCCUCAUGAAUAUCCUUUAGAAAGCUGCGAGAAAUUCCCCCACGUGCGGCGCAAAGCCGGUUUGUCCCGCAGUUCUUCCAAACAUAACACGAGAAAUGAGGAAGAGGACAUCUUUCAGCGCAAGACAAAGAAAACACUGUUCAGUGGCGCCCUCCGCAGACACGUCGAUUCAGAACAACAUCCUUCACACGGCAAAAGAACGGUUCAUAGAGGAUGCCACACAGAUAACACGGUAAAGUCAGAGAGUAGCUCCACGUCAGAUUCAACCAAUCAGGACACAGAAGAAGUCUCUGACAGCCUGUCACCCUCACACUCCCGGCUGGUGUUGGAGAGCCCAGACAGCAGGUUUUCUCGAAAACUCUCUCCUGUGGAAAUCUACUAUGAGAUAAAAACACGUCGCAACUCUGUGGCCAGCUCAGCCAGCCCGAGUCAUACACUUCCAAGGAGUGUGUCGAAUUUGGAAGGUAGAAGCGUACCAGCAACUCCACUCCUGUCCCGGAACGGACUAACAGGAGUGCACAUCAGGUCAGAAUCCUCCAGCGGCACUGCUCCUGUGAGGCAGUGGUCAGACAAUCCCGAAGCGUCACAGCUGGCGCCUUCGCAGUCUCAGGAUCUCCCGACCUCCUCAGGGUCCCACGAGCCAGGGGGCUCGCAAACACGAUGCAGCAACAGCUCAGAGACGCUGCUAGACCGGAACGCCACCGAAGAGGGAGGUCAAAGGUCGAGAAACGGGCCGUACAAGAGCUCAGAAGCACUGUUAGACUCCGCUUUAAAACAGGCACAGAUGAGCAGCCCUGACCGCAAGGUCAACGGACACGCCGAACCGGGUCGCGUUCGCUCGGCCGCGGGAGGAUGGGGAACGAACGGAGGUGGCGGUUACAACGAUAUCCUCAUGGAUUACGUUUGGGGAAAGCAGCAGAAGAUGCAGACUCAGCGACAGCAAAGACUGCAGGUCCAGAACGCUCCGAAAACUCGCCCGUGGCCCAAAGGUUCCAACGCUCCGCCCCCUCCCUACAGGAAUGGCCAAUCACAGCAACUUAUUCUGGGCCCUCCGGCCUAUAGCCCCUUAAUGCUGAGGGGUAAACCCGGCGAGCCACGGAGGGUCAAAGUGAGCCGCACAAAAUCCUGUGGCCCGUUUGUUCCCCUCCAGCAACACCAGCAAGAAUCCAUCCUGCUCUCGGCCUACACAGAUGCACACGCGCCCAAUGCAAACGGGACGCAUAACCAGCAGACUGACCACCCCCACAGACCGCCCCACUACCCCUUCGAGUCGUCUGCCCCCACAACCCCCGACGACCCCACGCGCAGCCUGCACAAGGCCCUGGCGCUGGAGGGGUUGAGAGACUGGUAUCUGCGGAACGCUCUGGGGCAGACGGGCAGCGGGACGAAGGGGAAAGAGGGAACGCAGACGCAGCGCCGGCGCACAACGUCCUCUCUGCAUGGCUCUCACCCGCAUCCGCCCCUCAAACACCAGCCGCAGUCGUUUCAAGGAGACACAGUCUAUACGCAACUGCCCCAGUCAGCCACGUUUCACGGGCAUCCGCUACAUAACAGGACGAUGGAGCUUUCUUUGUUUCAAGAGACCUUUUCAUCUAAAAUGCAGGAGGUGACACUUCAAGAGACGAGUACUGACAGACCCACACCAGGCACGCUGGUCUAACAUGCAAACAAACCAACCCUGCACACACACACGCACGACCGGUGCAUCUCAUUGAACACAGAGACUAAAGCAAACACCAGCAUCUGUUUGUAUAGAUUGACAAAAUGAAAGCCUCACACCAUCUAUAGUUUAGUAAUCUUCCCUGUCAAUCAUCAGACGUCGCAGCAGGUUCUGCCAGCGGUUAGGUGGAGAAAGAAUAAAAGCCACUAAUAUAAUAUGUCAACAUUCCCAUUUGUAGCAAACAAUUUCUAUAAAUGACAUGAAAUAAUUUCCAGCUGUGUUUCAAUGCAUAAACAAAGAAAUACAGUUUUGGUCACUGUUUGUGACGUCCUCAAGUUGCUCUGGCCCUUUGAAAUUAAUCAGGAUCCUCAUAAUGUUUAAAGGAAAUAAUGUUUCUAUGCAAAUUACAUUUAAGAAGCCUGUGUGUUGACACGUUAAUACCGUGAUAAAAAAGCCAAGCCAAAUCUUAAACUUUAGACUGUUAGAGAGCCAAUGACUGACAGUAUUUAACGAAAUUUAUAGUAUCUUUAUCGACAAAUUGGAGUAUGGAAAAGUAUGAAGAUGCUCAUUCAGGGUGAUGUCAUUAAGAAUGGCACAACGGUCGCUGUGCGGCUCAAUUGAAUCUUUAUCUGUAUCACUCAUGGUUUGUAUAGCCUCAGGAUUAAUUACAUACCAGUAUUACCAAAUGCAAUGAGGGAAAAAACGGAUAAAAUCAAGAUUAAUGUCUAACAUCGCAUUUUAUAUAUUUAACAAAAAGCGCAUUAAAUCAUGUUCAACUCAAAAGAAAAAUGUUACAUGCACAUAUAAAUAUAUUAUUUGAAUAAUAUAUUUUUUUGCAUUAUCUGUAAUGAGAAUAAUCAUUAGUAAUAAUGAGAAAUACAGAACAUCAGGGCAUAUUAAUAAUGAGAGCUGUGUUUAUUUCAUAUGAGAAAAAUGCAAAAGAACAUUGUGGUCUUAAUAGGCUUUGUUUUCUUUAUGCAAAUUAUUUUCCUUUUUUCGUAUGAUUUUUGGGCUAAAAUAUGACUUGUCAAGAUGUAUAAAAGACCACUAGGAGGAGCCUCUUCAUCUGUUUUGGGGGGGUUUCUGGAUCUAAAGCAACAGCCUCUGCAGAUGUAUGCAAAACACGCUGCCGGGUGCAGAAUAACCAGCUUCUGUGUACCGUCUUAAUUGCAAUUGUGUGUUGUUUCUCCUAUUGGAUUGACUGCCGUCGUCAAUAUUUACUGUAUUUCUCAGUAAUUACAUUGAACGGAAUGAACAAGACUAGUUAAACAACUUGGGAUCUUUCCGAUACCAGUCAUUUUCCCGCACCGCCCUUUCAGAAUAUAAUUUCUUUGAGGAAUUGCCAUACUCGGAAUGUGGUUGAGCGUAUUAAUGCCAGGAUGCCAACAUUGACCAUUGUGCCUAGCAAACACAGAAAGUGGAGAGGACUUUACUCAUCUCCAAAGGGAAACAUGACUUAUCAUGGUGGAUUUCUCAGAUACAGGUUAAAUAUUAGGCUCCUGCUUAUAAAAUACCAUCACAUUUUACUCACUCUUUAGGUUAAAGACUGAAAAACGACAAUAAAAAAGAGUUGUGAUUGCUGGCUGAUCCACUCUAUUAUUAUGGUCUGCUUUGUUUCUUAUAGUGGUAGUGUUCCCUUUGAUAAAUCCUUGCUAUUCCAAUGCAUGCAGGUGUCUGUUAACGGUUAUUCCCUUUAAAAAAAACUUCCCUCUUAUUCUUUCAGCUUGUUGUGUUGUUAUUGACAGCAUCACGUAGGUCACUUAAAAGCCUCUACAUGUCAGAUGCCUUCACCGUAGAAACACGCUGACAGUUGAACUUACCGAAGCAAUCCAAACCUUCUCAGAUGCUGAGCGCAGAGCUCAACCUUGUCACCAAAUGCUGCCAUGCUUGUCUCAGGACUACAUAGAAAGCUGCUUUGAUGGCCUGUCCAACACCAUUGGUGCACAGAAUUUUUUUAAAAACUUUAAUUUCAUGUAACCAGACUUUAACACACAACUUAAUGAGAAGGUUACUGAAUGUUUAUGCUUGUUGAGAAAUGUUUUUCUUCGAGUUCAUCUAAACUAACAGUACGUUUAUGAUCUAAUAAUGUUGAACAGGAUAGAAAUGACUCGAUUUUAUUUUUGAUUAAGGUCAUGAAUAAAAACACCGAAGGCAAAUAAAACAAAUGACGUUUGUAAAAUCUUUGCUUCUGUAUCAUGGUACCAAAUGUUGACACGUUUUCAAGAUGUUUCUUCCAUGUUUUGGACCCUCUUCAGAUUGUGUUUCAUUUAAUUCUGUAUCUGAAACACUUGUUGAACUCUUAUUGCUUGUGUGUGUGAUCACUUUUGGAAGAACCUUUUCCAAAUUGUACAUAAUUUGCUCUUUCCUCCUUUGUUUUGACAUUUUAUAUCUCUAUUGAAAAAAAACAUGAAAGAACCAAGACUGUACAAAGUUUGUGUAUAAUAAAGUGUUUUGGUCAGAUA